GAAAACACGAAGCUGUACCUCAACCUGCUGGAGAUGGAGUACAGCGGCGACCUCAAGCAGAACGAGGAAAACAUCUUGAGCUGUUUCGAUAAAGCCGUCAACGGCGCCUUGUCUAUAAAAAUGAGGGUUACGUUUUCUCAGCGGAAAGUGGAAUUUCUUGAAGAUUUUGGUUCCGAUGUAAACAAGCUGCUGGAUGCCUAUGACGAACACCAAGCCCUGCUGAAGGAGCAGGAUUCCCUGAAGAGGCGAGCGGAGAACGGGUCGGAGGAGCCGGAUGAAAAGAAAAUGCUCACGGACGACCCAACGUUGGCAUCAGCCCAGAUGAUGGACGGAGACAUGCAAGUCAAUCAGGCAGCCUAUAACUACAACGCCUGGUACCAGUACAAUUACCAGAACGCGUGGAAUUACGGACAGUAUUAUCAUCCCACUUGA